GGCAUUGAUGAUAUUACUGGAGAGCCACUUGUUCAGCGUGAUGAUGAUAAGCCAGAGACAGUUACCAAGAGGCUGCAAGCUUAUGAUGCACAAACAAAACCUGUUCUCGAAUAUUAUCGGGAAAAAGGGUUAUUGAAAUCCUUCUCUGGAACAGAAACCAAUAAGAUCUGGCCACAUAUCUAUGCCUUCCUCCAAACCAAGUUGCCAGACGUGAGCCAGAAAGAUGCUGACACUCCCAGGUGA